GUCUUGAUCAUUUAUUCUUUUAGGGAUUUUCUACACGAUCAUCAUCAAUUUGAAACAAGAGCUGAAAGCUAUGAUGUAGUAGACGAUCACCAUCUCUUGGAUCAGAGUGCAUUCCUUGACGAGGAGAUUGAUUGCCUGGAGGAUACCUUAGCAAAGAGAAGAGCUCAGUUGAGGGAAGGCGAUAAGUUACUGCUGCAGUGUCAGACUGAUUUAUAUGAAGCUCAAAAUAAGGCUUGUGAAACACUUCGACAGUACGACAAAGCAACUCAUGACCUCGCAAUGACAAAAGAGGAGAGAGAGGAACUGGAACAGAGGUCACAUGAGGUCGCUGUAGCCCUGGUCCAGGCCCAGGAACGGCUCCUUGUCUUGGAGAAAGAGGUGGAAGAGCUGGAGGAAAAGCGUAGAACCGUUGAGAGGGAUGCGGUUGAGGUGGAGACCCUACUUAGUAGCAAGGAGAUGGAGAUGAGAGCAGUGGAGUCAAAGAGAGACCAGAGUUGCAAAAGGCUUGAAAGACUGAAAUCUGAGGUGAUAAUGGCUGAACAGAAGCUAUCUGAACUGCAGUUAUCAUUGAGAGAUGGUGAAAGAGAACAUUUGAACAGGAAAAGUGAGCUGGAUAGGCUACAGGAUCAGCUUGAUGAACAACAAGAUGCAAUGGAGAAGGUCAAUAGAGAGAUAGGAGCCAAGCAAACUGACCUCCGAACUUUGACCUGUGAAACUGACAAGCAUCAACAACAGCUUGUUACAGCACUGCAAGAAGGUGAAAGUGAGAUAGCUGCAAUUCAACAGAAAAUCAAUGACACCAAGAACAACCUGGACAGGUUGAGACAACAGCGUCAGGAGACCAGCCAGGCUUUAGAUGAACGGCGUGAUGAGCUCUCCUUUCUUCAAACCAGGGUGAGUGAUGCUGAGGGUGCCCUUCAUGAUGCAAAGUCAGCUAUGGAGAAGCAGCAAGUAGAGUUAAAACACACACUUGAGAUGGUUCAUAUUGAGAAGACAGAGUUAGAGGCACUUAGGAUGCAACAUGAAGCAAAGUUGGCAGAGCUGGAGAAGACCCAGCUAGAAGCUCUACAGGAGAGAGCAUCAUUGGAGAAACUGAAGGAGGAUGGUCAAAGGCAGAGGACUGAUUCAGAGCUGAUGAGAGAGGAGACAAGAAGAGCUAAGGAGGAUAGAGAGCACAUCCUCUCUGAAAAACGUUCUCUGGAGGAGACCAUUGAAGGACUGAUGCAGGAGGAAAGUGCUCUUAAACAGGGAUGCAACUCACUGGAAUCUAAACUCAAUCAUCUCAAAAUAACUCAUGGAAGCAUGCAAGAAUCAUUGUAUGUCAAUCAACACAAACUCGAAGGCAUCAAACAAGAUCUUGUUACCAUGGAGACAGACCUGGAGGACACCAAGAGGAAGAAAUCUGAAACAGUGAGGGAGUUAAACAACUUGAAACAGAACAUUAAAGAGGCAAAAUCUAACCUGAAAUAUACAAAUUUGGAAAUACAAGAUGCUAGCAGUCAAGAGGCAAGUUUACAAGAAGAUAUUCACAAACUUGUGAAGGAGAAGGCCCAAUUAUCUUCCCAGUUAGACCAGAUGUGUAAGGUUCUGGACCAGCAUCAUCACAUGUUAGAACAGAGUGAGCAGCUGGAGAGGUCCAAACAGGAAGCUCUAGGCAUUAUGGGAAGGGAGCUGGAGGAGAAGAGAAGAGAGCUGGAAGGACGCCAGAAAGAUUUGGAGAAGAUAGCAGAUAUGGUCACACAAGAAGAGGAUAGACUUUCAACGGUUUCUAGACAGACUGUUAAAUAUCAGGAGACAAUGAGAGCUCAGCUUGAGAACCAACAGAAAGAACUAGAGAUAUUGACAACGCAGAAAGACUCCAUCAAUUCUAGAUUAGAUGAGAAACAAGGAGAUGUCCAGUAUGAUGAACUGAAGACAAGGAUUCAAGAACUUGAAAAUCAAAUUUCAGAUCAACAAGAGAAGGGGGAAAAUUUAAAGGAUAAACUUGAUGCUUCAAAGAGAAGAGUAGCCUCACUUCAAUUGGAAAAAGAGGCAAUAGAAGGAGAGAAGAACCGGCUGGAUCAAGAAAACCAACAGCUAAGAAGAAAAUGGAUCAGUGCUGGAAAGGAUUUCAGAGUUGAACACAGGAAGCUGAAUCAAGAGAUUGAAAGUUUGAAGAUGAGACUGGAGGAGGAGUCUAAGCAUGCCAUCAGAAUGAGCAAAGAAGUGGAGAAUUGGAAACAAGAAUACCUCAUCACAAAACAACAGCUUCACACUCAUGAGGAGGUUAUUGACCAGGAAAAAAAGCUAGAUUCACAGCUCCAGCACCUUAAAGAAGAGAUCCAGACAGAGGUCAAUGAGGGGUUACGCACCCUGGAGAUAUCCCGUUUAGAAGUUCUUGAUGAACUCCAAGAAGUCCAUCACCAGAAGGCAGAGAUCAGCAAGAAAUUAACGUCAUUCAAACAGGUAAAAAUAUCGGAGUUUAAUUCUGAAAAUGAGAACAGUAAACAUAAACAUAUUGAUUUGGAGUUCCAGUUGCAACAAGAGCAAGAUUUACUGAAGCUGAAACUUGAGCAACAGAUGUCUCGUCAAUCUGAGGUUUUGGCAGGAAUCAAAGAGAAAUCAGAAUCUACCAUUCUGUCAUUACGUCAUAAGCUAAACCACCUAGAAGAUUUGGUCAGCAGUACUUCCUCUAAUACACAGAGUCUGAGAAUAAGUCAUAGCAUUGUCCAGAGAAGCAAUGUGACCAGGAACAUAGACCUAAUCCCACUCAGGAGAGAAGUAGAUGAUGGUCAAGAAAUGGAGAAUAGUCGUAUGGAUCCUGGCUUGAAGAAUCAUGAACAGCCUUUGCAAGAUCAGUAUAAAAGACAUUUUUCAUCAAGGACUGGACAGUUUGAAUCGCAAACUGGAAGCGGUGUUAGUAGCCAUAAAAGAAGACAAGGUGUGUUCGAUGAGGGUGCCCUUUCUAUAAAUGAUCUAGGAACUCAAGAAGCCAACUUGCAGACGCUUGACUCUGCUGGAGGUGUUCUUGAAGGAAAUGGUGCUGCUGGAAAUAGAAGUAGUGAAUUAAAAGGAAUCUUGAAGAUAUCCACAGAGGAAGGUACUCUAAAAGAACAUAAAAAAAGAGAGAGGAGUACUUCUGAUCUCCAUGGUCAGAGGAGAAAGUACCAAGAAGUGACAGGGUCUGAGAGUGAGGUGUCCAACUCUCAGCAAUCUGGGUCUCACUCUUACAGGCAUCAAAGAAAAAAGAGCAGGUCACCAGUCAGGCGUCAACCAAUCUCACCUCAAUCUCCAUAUCUUCCUGAGAGAGGACCUUCUUCAAGUCAGCACUGGUCACAUUUUAUGGAUUCCCUCAACCAACUGAAAGAUCAGAAAGUUGCUCAAAUUGCUACAGGGGCUACAGAUAACACUAGCAUUCACUUUACACUGCAUUAGUAGAAAAAAUUGUGAAUCUGAAUAGUACUAGAUGCUCAAAAGUAAAAUAAUCAUAUUUUUAUAUAUUCCAGUUCUUCCAUGUAUUUAAUUGUGAAGUAAGGUAUUAAAAUGUACAAGAAAGUUUAUUUCUCUGAAUUGCCGUGAUCAUAACUUUAACAGUUUAUGAAUCUAGUUCGUGAAACUUACACAUACAAGUAUCAGAGAAUAUCCUGCCUCAGUUUCAGGUCACGUAAGUCACUUUUCAACCAAACUUGGAUGGUAGAUGGACUUGGGGGACCUGCAUAUUAGGCUG